AUGAAUUUAAAAACUCUGGUAUUUCCAUUUAACCAUGCAAUGUAGAUUAAUAAUUAGAAUCCAUGCCGUGGAGAGAAUAAGAAUAAUGUGGCUUAUAUUUUGGUUAAUGUAUGGAUUUCAAAGAUUGCAGCAUAAUCAUUAAAGAUAAUUGUUAAGUAUCAUCAUAUAAAUGUUUCUGAUGGCUCAAAGUUGAUUAUGAUGUUAGAAUGUAGUGAUUAAAAAGCAAAGAAUAAGUUUGCGAAUAAAAAUUAGAAUGGUAAGAAUAGUUUUUGAUUGUAGGGGUAGAGAAAAAAUGA